AUGCCCGGUCUGCCAUCUUCCGUCGAUCUCGACCAAUGUAUAGAAAGUCUCUAUAAGAAAAAUCUCCUCGCCGAAUCUGUUAUUGAAGCAAUAUGCGCGAAAACGAAGGAACUGCUUAUGCAAGAGAGUAAUGUGGUUCAUGUGUUAGCACCUGUUACUGUAGUGGGAGAUAUCCACGGCCAAUUCUUCGAUUUGAUAGAGAUAUUCAAGAUUGGGGGUUCUGUCCCGAUACAAACUACUUGGGAUUACGUGGAUAGAGGCAUGUUCAGCGUCGAAACGAUUUCUCUUCUUGUUUGUCUUAAACUACGAUACCCACAUCGCGUUCAUCUAAUACGAGGAAACCAUGAGUCGAGGGGAGUCACUCAGUCGUAUGGCUUCUAUACGGAGUGCUCCAGGAAAUAUGGCAAUGCAAAUGUAUGGCAUCAUUUUACGGAUAUGUUCGACUUCCUUACAUUGAGUGUGGUCAUCAAUGAUCAAAUAUUUUGUGUUCAUGGAGGUCUCUCCCCUUCAAUACACUCUAUCGACCAAAUAAAAAUUAUAGACCGUUUCCGCGAAAUCCCCCACGAAGGGCCUAUGGCCGACUUAGUCUGGUCCGACCCCGAUCCCGAGCGCGAUGAAUUCUCCCUCUCACCCCGCGGUGCGGGUUACACGUUCGGCGCGCAAGUGGUGAAGAAAUUCCUCGAAGUGAAUAAGAUGUCGCACAUAUUGCGAGCCCAUCAACUUUGCCAAGAAGGAUAUCAGGUUCUCUACGACGAUCGAUUGAGUACCGUGUGGAGUGCGCCCAAUUACUGCUACCGAUGCGGGAAUAUGGCAAGUGUCCUAGAAGUCAGCGACACUGGGGAGAGGUUCUUCAAUGUAUUUGCUGCCGCGCCGGAAAAUGAUCUACACAAGGGAGAAAUGCAGCAAGCAGGGCAGGACAAGACGGCUGAUGGCAAUACGUUGCCAGAUUACUUUUUGUGA